AAUAAGAAAAUUUACAUUUAAAAUAAGGAAAAAAAAAUGCAGUCUCCUAUUUCAAGAUCAUAAUAUCAAAUAAUCUGAUUAUAAGGAUAAAAAUGGUCCUUCAGCUGGGAGAUUUUCUUAUUUACCUACUCAAAUUAAGGGUAAAUACAUUUAUUUUAAGACAUUUUCACAAAUUUAAAGAUAUUUUUUGUAGUGUGUCAUUGGAAUCCAAGACAAGACCGUAUUAACUUUGUAACCUUCAAAAAAUGUGUAUAUUUUGAUGGCAUAAAUGAAUGUUAAUGUAAAUACUAGAAAAGCCAACAUGCCCGUAUAUAUUAAGAAAAAUAACAAAAGUGCUUCAUUAAGAAAUUCAUGAAAAACCCUCAGAGGGUGAAAGAAAUGGCACUCCAUUUGUAGGGGGUAUGCAAGUGAUCAAAAAUGGUAACUUUCCCUAUAAAGGGUUAUAAUAAGAAAAAAACAAUUGCAUUGUCUUAUUUCAAGUACAUAUUAUCUCAUCUUAUUUUAAGUGUAAAAAUACUCCUUCCAUUGGCAAAUCAUCUUAUUUGCCUCCUCAAAUUAAGGGUAAAUACACUUAAUUUAAGAAAUUUCAACUCAUUUUCAAAAUGUGUUUGCAGUGUACAGAUGAAAAUAUCCGGCAUUCUUGAUUAAAUUAAGAGGGAUUGUCAUUAACGACUUUCUUUAAUGGUUGGUGGAGACAUCGCUGCGGAAUAAAGGAUAGGUCGAAACUUUGCCCUGUGCCUUAUCAGCCGUCAGUGCGGAGAUAAUGGCUUAUCUAUUAAACUCCGGGCAACGCACUAUACAAACAUCACAUCAGGAUUUAUAGGGCUGGCCCUCACACCAUUAAAGCUUCUGCGUGGAUCCACGUCGCAAUGGGUCAGCUUAUGUCCAAACAACCACAAGUUCAAGUCAUUCUCCUCGGUCUGGACAACGCUGGGAAAUCCACCCUCCUCUACAAGCUCAAACACAAAACGAGCGUCUCCACCGUGCCGACCAUCGGCUUUAACGUGGAGAUGCUGGACGCCAGAAAGAACAGGAAGAACAUCGCCGUGACCAUGUGGGACGUCGGCGGUCAGGGGAUGAUGCGUGAACACUGGAAGGACUAUUACCAAAACGCAGCGGCCAUCGUGUUCGUGGUGGACGCCUCCGACCUGCGGCGCAUGGAGGAGGCGCGCAGCGAGCUGGAGAAGACGCUGCGGGACGAUCACCUGCGGGGAUGUCCGCUGAUGCUCCUCGCCAACAAGCAGGACGUGAGAGGCGCGCUGACGGUCACCGACAUGAAGGACAAGUUUAACAUGAGGAAGAUGUGCGUGGGCAGAGAAUGGUUCGUCCAGCCUUGCUCCGCUUCCACAGGGUUCGGAGUGGAAGAGGCUUUUAAGCGUUUGGUCCAGAUGGUGAAACUUCCCUCUGAGCCUGGAGCUGUCAAAGACAAUAUCAAGGAUAGCGUGCACUACCUGCGAUCGAACAGCAAACAAUGAACUUUAUUUAUAAGAUAUGUUUCUCUUUUAACUUAUUUGCUCCAACUGCAAACUGCAGCAAUCACUGUAACACGAAAAUAAUGUCAGUACAGUUCACUGUGUUUAAAUACACUGUAAAAGUACAUUGUACAAUUUUUUUUGGAUAUACAUUACAUUUUAGUCAUGUUUGCAAUCUACUUUGUUUUGUUUACAAUGUUUCCCCUAAAGUUUGAAAUAUUAUCUAAACAGAAUAAGCUGAGCGAACUGAUACCAUGGUCAGCUCCACACUAAUGCAAGCCUAUCAUGUCAUUCUGCCAUUGUUUAUCCUCUUAAAAUCCCUUUACAAAUGUGUAAUUGUUCAACAGAUAUCAUUUUUUUUAUAUAUAUAAAAAGUGUUUCCAAUGGUAUGGACUGAAGUUUAAAAGUUAACUUAAAGUUUUUGACACCUGAUCCCCAAAAUGAUCUUCAGCCUAAAUCAUAUCUGGAAAACCAUAAGACAUUAAAACUAAAUCUAAAGCCCUGGACUCUAGGGUAGGUUAACUGUGUGGUAUAAUGCUUCUAGGAAGACAUUUUUUUUUUAUUAUUAUUUUUGUGUGUGUGUGUGACUGUAAUGAAAUAAGCCAAUAAAAGGCAAAAAAGUU